AUGACUAUCAUAGUCUUUUUAAUAGAUACAUCAGCUUCUAUGAACCAAAGAGCUUAUUUGGGCGGACGCCCAACGUUGCUCGAUGUAGCCAAGGGCGCUGUGGAAACGUUCGUAAAGGUUCGCCAACGAUCUCCUGAAAGCAGAGGCGAUAGGUAUAUGCUUCUAACUUUCGAAGAGCCACCCGCGAACAUCAAGGCUGGUUGGAAAGAGAAUUUAGCCACAUUUAUUAAUGAAUUAAAGAACCUGCAGUGCCUUGGGUUGACGACAAUGGGUGCUGCUUUAAAACAUGCCUUUGAUGUGCUAAAUAUUAAUCGCAUGCAGACUGGUAUAGAUACUUAUGGUCAAGGAAGAUGUCCCUUUUACCUAGAACCAUCUGUUAUUGUGGUCAUUACUGAUGGAGGAAAACUAUCAAGUAAUGCUGGUAUCCAAGAAGAAUUUAAUCUGCCUAUGAAUUGCCCUAUACCUGGUUCUGAGCUGACAAGGGAACCGUUUAGAUGGGAUCAAAGAUUAUUCUCAUUGGUGCUAAGGUUAGCUGGCACUCCUGCUGUGGAAAGGGACACUGGCCUUGUACCUUCGGACUCCUCACCUAUAGAUGCUAUGUGUGAGGUCACUGGUGGUCGAUCCUAUUGUAUAACAUCUCAUCGCAUGCUGAUGCAGUGCAUCGACAGUCUCGUACAAAAAGUUCAAAGUGGUGUUGUUAUAAACUUUGAGAAAAUUGGUCCUGAUCCACCGCCUGUUGAUGGGGGGAAUAACAGGGAGGGCGAAGGCGAUGAUAUAAACCAAGAAGGGGAUAAAGAACUGGAUCCAGAUGUUGAUAGAAAUGGAAGGUGGAAUGGUGGUCCCUACCAAACGGGAAUGGCUAAUCAAGCGAGCGCACCCCAAGCAUGGCAUUCCUGUAGACGUCUCAUCUAUGUCCCUCGGACAGUAUCUCAGAAGGGCUUUGCUGUUGGCUUCUGGCCCAUACCAGAGUCUUUUCGACCAGAUCCUAAUGCUCCGUCUUUGCCUCCUCGGUCUGCUCAUCCCGUUGUGAAAUUCACGUGCUCAUCACAAGAACCAAUGGUGAUUGAUAACCUGCCUUUCGAUAAAUACGAACUCGAGCCCAGCCCAUUGACGCAGUUCAUACUAGCGAGGAAACAGCCAACGAUUUGUUGGCAGGUAUUCGUUGCUAAUAGUGGCUGUAAGAACUCUGAAGUUAGCCAUCCCUUUGGUUACCUCAAAGCAUCGACAAACCUCACUUGUGUCAAUCUGUUUGUGCUACCAUACAACUAUCCGGUGCUCUUGCCGCUACUGGACGACUUGUUCAAGGUGCAUCGAUGCAAACCUACACCUGAGUGGAAGUUGGCUUUCCAACAGUAUUUGGAUAGAAUGCCCUCAUACUAUGUUACGCCUCUUCGUCGAGCACUUACCAAGAUGGGUGCAUCAACGCCGCUGGUACAAAGUUUGAUUCCCGACACUCAAGACAACUCUCUCAGCUUCUCUGUAUUAAAUUAUUUGAAAAGACUGAAAAACCAAGCUAAGAUAGAGUUUGAAAAGCUCUGUGCUGACGUCAUCAAUAAAGCAUCCACUGGGAACAAUCAAAAGGUAGCAGAGAGCGUUCGUGUAAUGGCCCGAUCCCCUCUGAAGAAGGAUCUAACAACGCACCCGUGUCUCCAGGACAAGUUCACAGCCUUAAGGGAUCAGCUUAACGAAUUUGGUGGCUUCGUAGUCGGUUUGUCGCGAGGCAGGCACAAAGCUCAAGCGCACACAUAUAGAAACCCAUUUGAUAUACAGCGGAGGGAUUUGUUAGAUCAGGUUGUAAGAAUGCGAGCGAACUUCCUACAGCCGUCGCUCGCUCACACGCGGCUCGUCGACGAGGACAGCGUGCACUCGAUGCCGGUCGCGCAGAUGGGGAAUUACCAGGAAUAUCUCAAACGAAUGACCCCACAGCUACGUGAAAUCGAAUCGCAGCCUGUUAGACAGCACAUGUUUGGAAACCCGUUUAAAAUUGAUAAGAGAAUGAUGGUAGACGAAGCGGAUAUAGACCCGCUAGGAGCAGUGCGGGGGAGCGCCGGCGGCGGCGCGGGGGGCAAGCGCGGGUCGGAGAGCCCUCGGGCUCCGCCCCCCAAGCGCAAGGCGGGCCCUCUCCCCCACCACAUAGUGGCGCGGCGGCCCUCCACCCCGCCACCAGCGGUGGUCGCCGCCGCGCCGACCGCCCCGCCACCCACCGCGCCGCUCAGUCCGGUGACCACGCGCAGACCGACAUCCCCGUUGUCCCCUGUACCCUCUGACCUGCCAUCUGGACGGCCUCCUGAGGAACCUCCAAACAUGGAAAUGGAAGGUCCAUCGCUCCCGCUGUCGCCGCAGCCCGCCGCGCCGACUAAUCUACCGCCUGUUAUAAAGCCUUUUCUCAAUGGAGACGCGUACACGACGAUGGGCAAGAUGCCGCGGUCGCCGUCCCCGCCGGCGGAGGCGUGCGCGCCGCCGCCGCACGACACGCAGGAGCUGCAGAUCAACGCCAUCAUACAGGGCAUCGCGGCUGAGAACAACUAUAUUGCGAGGAACAGGAAGAGGAAACGGAAGAGCGAAAGACAAGACCCACCUAUAAUUCUCCCGUCUCAACCGACUCGCAAGGAGCUGGCGGAGAUCAAAAAGCAUAAUCUUGGAGUACGCGCGGAAGUAUAUCGGGCGGUGCGGAGGCCGGGAAAAGAUUUCACGAAGCUGUUCGAAUAUUUAAAACAAUUGAAAGGUAGUGUGGAUGUUAAGAAGGAAGUGAUACGUGACGUGAUAAGUGAAUCGUUGCGUUUCAAGCGGAAAGCGCUCGCGAACCUUCUAGAAGACUUUUUAGCGGGACUAGAGAAGAAUGGAAACAGUGCUUCGGUUAAUUUGAAAAUGAUAAACAACACGAAUAAUCCUAGC